GGCGACAGGCAUCGGGCCCCCAGGCGGGGCGACAGGCAUCGGGCCCCCAGGCAGAGCAGCGGGCGCUGGGCCCCCAGGAGGGGCGACAGGCAUCGGGCCCCCAGGCGGGGCGACAGGCACCGGGCCCCCAGGCGGGGCGACAGGCACCGGGCCCCCAGGCGGGGCGACAGGCGUCGGGCCCCCAGGCGGAGCGGCGGGCGCCGGGCCCCCAGGCAGAGCGGCGGGAGCCAGACCCUCAGGCGGAGCGACAGGUCUCGGGCCCCCAGGCGCGGAGCAGCGGGCGCCGGACCCCCAGGCGGAGCGACAGGUCUCGGGCCCUCAGGCGGAGCGGCAGGCGCCGGACCCCCAGGUGGAGCGACAGGUCUCGGGCCCUCAGGCGGAGCGGCGGGCACCGAGUCUCCAGGCACGACAGUGGGCUCCGAGUCAACUGGCAUGACAGCGGGCACUAGGUCACCAGGCAUCAGGUCAUUUGGCUUGCCAGCGGGCACCGCGUCAUCUGGCAAGGCAGUGGGCUCCGAGUCAACUGGUAUGACCGCGGGCACUGGGUCAGACAUUGGAUCGUCUGACUGGACAGCGGGCAUCGGGUCACCAGGCAUCAGGUCAUUUGGCUCGACAGCGGGCACCGCGUCAUCUGGCAAGGCAGUGGGCUCCGAGUCAACUGGUAUGACCGCGGGCACUGGGUCAGACAUUGGAUCGUCUGACUGGACAGCGGGC